UCUUUCUCUUUCCCUCUCCUGUCAGACAAAUACAUUGAUUUAGAUGGAUGAGAAGUGGAAGUCAUCCAAGAGCUCAUCAUCAAAGACUCCAUUCUUCUCUCGUAGUUUCUCAACAAAGAGCGUAUCAUCAAAGGAUCCUCUGUUGCGAAGUUCUUCCGUCAAGAGCCCUGCUUCUCCCUCAAAGUCUGCUCUUCCCAGAAGUUAUUCUCAAAAGAACUCUUCAAUCGGCCGCAAGUGUAGUAGCCUUGCUAAGGAACAGAAAGCCAGGUUUUAUAUCAUGAGAAGAUGUGUUGCCAUGCUUGUUUGCUGGCACAAGCAUGGUGACUCUUGAUACAUAUAUAACACAAAUUUCCUUACUUUUUUGCUCUUCUAUUUGUUGGGUCUUGUGGGUUUGGUUUCAAUCCACGAAUCUUCUGCAAAUCAGAUCAAGAAUAGAUUCAUAGUCCCAGAGUUUUGUUCAUCAUCUUCUUCUCCAUUCUUGGAACCAAUGUAAUUAAAUGAA